UGCACCUAUAAAAACUCUUUUAUAUGUCAAGUCUUUAGAAUCAGUUUUUUAACAAUGAUGAGAAUUUUACUAGAUUCUUGUUUGUUAUUAGUUUUCUGGCAUGCGUAUGCUGAAAGCAAAGAAGAAGUCUGUAGUUUGCCGAUUGAACAUGGCGAUUGCAUUGUUUACUUGGAGAGAUAUGCCUAUGAUUCCGAAACUGGGAAAUGUCGGGAGUUCACUUAUGGUGGAUGCAAUGGAAACGGAAACAAUUUCAGAACAAAAGAAGCGUGUGAAAAAGCUUGUGAUACAAAGUGAUAAACGAAACAUCCAGAAAGCUAAAAGCUGCUUUUAUUUUUAUUAUUACAAAUGAAGUAUUUUUGCUUACUCCUCAAAAUAGUAAUUUCUUAAAAUUAUACUUUCAUUUUAUGUUACAAAAUAACAAUGCUCCAUUUGCUAUUUGCAUAUGGUUGAGUUUUCAUUUUGCAAGUAUUAUUGUAUGAUUAUGUUAUGUUCUUAAAUAAAGAAUAUUCUGUUUGAUAUAAA